AUGGAUGAUGUCAAUGCUUGGAUUCAGAACGGGGAGUUUGCUUGUUUCUUCGAUUUCCACAGCAAGCUCACGUUCGGUAAGAAGCGCUCGGAUUAUGGCAAGCUGAAGCAGUGCAUUGGUCAGGUACCAGUAUUCGGAUUCAACUCUGGACGCUACGACAUCAACCUCAUCAAGGCGGACCUGUUUGCAGUCAUCGGUACCGACAACAUCACAUCAGUCAUCAAGAAUUCUAGCUACAUGUGCAUCGCCACGUCAGACAUAAAAAUGCUUGACAUUAGCAACUAUGUUCCGGCAGGCACCAGCUAUGCAAAGUACUUGUCGACAUAUCUCGGUGAGUGCAAGUGUGAUGACAAGAUUCGAUGCGUCUGUGGCCUAGGAAAAGGCAUCUUCCCGUACGAGUACAUUACUUCAUUUGACGUACUCAGUCAGACGGAAGUCCCUCCUAAGUCGGCGUUCGACAGUGCUCUUCGUAGCACUAGCAUCAGCGAUGAGGACUAUGUGCGGGUACAGUUCGUCUGGGAACACUAUGGCAUGAAGUCAAUCAAGGAUCUACUCAUUUGGUACAACAACCUCGAUGUAGUACCCUUCAUCAAGGCCAUCAAAGCCCAGCGAGAACUAUUCAAACGUUUCGAACUUGAUAUGUUCACUGAUGCUGACACUGCCUCGGCUGACCGAAUCAAUAAUAAGCUCGGACACAUCGAUGAUAAUAUCUUGAUCAGCUGUGUGGGAUGCAACGUUGCUCGCAAGAACAUGCCGCUAAAGGGCUUCCGCCACAAGAAGCUACUUGAAUUCAACUCAGACAGGUUGGUGUACAGUAUCGAUAGAGAGGAGAAGGACAUCUACACCAAGAUGAAGGCGAACAUUGCUGGUGGUCCUUCUAUCAUCUUCAACAGAUACGCGAAACGCAACGAGACCAAGAUUCGAGGGGGUAGGAUCUGCAAAAAGAUCAUCGGCUACGAUGCUAAUGCUCUGUAUUUGUGGGCUCUUGGUAAUGAGAUGCCAUGUGGACGGCUGACUACCAUCGAAGCAUACACAGGGAUCGUCGAUGAUAUUGUAAAUGACAAGAUCUUUGGCUUCCUCGAGUGUGAUAUCCGUACACCAGAGCACCUCAAACCCUACUUCAGUGAAAUGACCCCAAUUUUCAAGAACACCCUUAUCGACUGCAGCGAUCGGAGUGUCAUCGGUCAGCACAUGUUCGAGUACAACGAGGAGCGCAAGCAAAGCCGAGCAAAGCCGGCUCGCAAACUUAUCGGGAGCUACUUUGGUGAGAAGAUCCUCAUUUAUGCACCGCUACUCAAAUGGUACAUUUCUCAUGGUAUGGAGAUCACCAAGACUUACAGCUUCAUCAAGGCUAGCUCUCACAAGGCAUUUGCACCAUUCAUGGAAGCCGUAUCGAGCGCGCGACGAGAGGGUGAUGAAAAUGUUAAAUCCAUCUGUAAGAUCAUUAUUGCGAAGGUAUCUGACUCUGAUAUGGAUAAUUUAGUCCAAGAGUUGAAAAAAAACCAUUACGAACCCUAA